AUGGAGUGGGCAGCCAAUUAUCCCCACCUGGCAGAGGACUAUGUCCCAGGGCAGCCAACCGAUUUUUGCACGUAUUCCCAAACCUCUGGACCACUCCCUACCCAGACUACAGGUGAUCCACACCACCUACAACUAAGUCAACCUAGUCCCGGUGGUGUCAACCUUGAUGCAUGGCUUAGCGUCAUACCUGCUCCGAGUCAGAACACAAGCCAAUGGGGGCCGGUUGUGAGCGACAGCCCGGAUUAUCCGAACCCAAAUCCCCGGGCACAUCUUCGUUCCAGCAACUGUUCUCAGCCUGCUGACGCUUCGCACCCUUUUUCAUCAUUCAGUCAUCUGCCGCCCCAGGAACAGCCGAACACGCAGAACACCAACGCGAUCCGGCAGCGACAAAAGAUUCGGCAACGCCGCCGAACCACAGAGUAUGCAGUCUCUCCGUCUUAUUCCUCUGCCUCUUCUCCUCCUCCUCCUCGUCCUCCUCCUCAUCAUCAUCAUAAGGUUGCAUCUUAA